GUCUGCAUGAAAAUCGCACUUUCAAAAUUAGUUUUUCCUUCUUUUUUUAUAUAAUCAUAUUCGUUUUCUUCUGUUCUUCCCUUUUCACAAAUCAACUUUUUCUCUUUCCCCCCGUUUUCGCUCUGUUUAUUUGUUAUGCAAGAACCUCAUCAUGACGAGAUCCUCAGUCCAGACUUUAGCAAUCCUUUAGAAUACUUUAGCAGGAAUAACUUUGAUAACCAAUCCACUCCACCUUUAGAUACAGAUGAUCCUUGGAAAGCACCUACUUACGAUGAUAGAAGACCACCCGAGCACCCCUAUACAGACAGUAGCACGAGUAGUCAUGGAACAACGCUUGAUAAUGAAAGCCAACAGGAUGGGAUACACAACGUUCUUCGUGCUGAUAAGAGUAGACACUACGAUCCGCUUCACCGUUCUCAGUUGACGGCAAGUAAUGUACUAUCGGGCGUGGAAGUUCCUGAACAGUACACUACUCUUUUUGAUGCAUUCAGUACAACGCAGAGACGACUCAUAGACACGUCCAUAUUAGAAUCUAUACUAGGACAUGCCAAUUUACGCAAUGAUAUUCAACAAGAGAUUAUGAAUUUAGUGGUUACUCCUGACAAGAGUCACCAUUUUGUCACACAAAGCGAAUUCAAUACUUAUCAAGCCUUGGUGGGUUGUGCACAAAAGAAUAUGGACGUCAGCUUAGAAACAGUCUAUCAGAACAGACAUGAUUUGCCUAUACCUGUACUCGCAACGGAUAUCGACGGUACGCCUUUCGAUCGAAUGAGAUACGAUCACAAAGAACAACACCCGUUCAAAACGUCCUUUGCGUAUGAUAAGAAAAGCCAGUCAGAGACAGUAUCAAGAAGCACCACAUCGCAGGCAACCACAGAUUGGACAGAAAACGAUGUGGCGUGCGUCGAAGCAGAGGAGCAGCAGCAAGAUGUAAGAAGGAUGGAAUACCAUCAAGAGCAAGCAGCCAUGAAUACUUGGCUUCGACAUAGGGAUCAUAUCACAUUGUCUCGUACACCUGCAAAGGAAGGUUUUCUUUUAAAGCAUGUCAACUAUGAAGUAGAGAGUGCCAAGUUGGGGACAAAAGUACUACGGCGAUAUAGCGACUAUUGGUGGCUUUGGGAAACCUUAUUGAAAAGAUACCCCUUUCGUACGAUUCCCAAUGUACCACCCAAGCGAGUAGGAGGAAGGAACAAUGCGUUUGAAGAGGAAAGAAGGAAAGGUCUAGAAAGAUUCAUCAAUGCCGUAACAAGCCAUCCUGUGCUAGGUCGUGAUGAAAUCGUCAAAGCAUUUUUAACGCAUCCCUCCGAAAUGAGUCAUUGGAGAAAAUACAACUCACCUUCACUGGAUGAAGAGUUUGUCAGAAUACCCCAUGGCAUUGCUCGUUACGAGCGGUUAAUACCCGUGGACAUCGUGGAUAGAAUCAACCAAGCUAAAAAAAGGCUGCCCGUAUCAGUUCAACAAUACGCUCAAUUAUGCUCUACAAUGGAACACAUCAUCAAGUCCAAGAAGGCUUUGGGCUCAGGUUUCACGCUAUUUAGUCAUUCGUUCAACUCUCUUCGUGAGUUGGAAAAAAAAUGUUGGCUCGAUGAUUGUGAGGCAUGUCCUCAACUGAUCAAAGGUUACGAUAGCCUGGCGAAAUCGAUGCAGCAGGCUGGAUCGAUGCUCAUCAAACAGGCAGUCGUUUCGAGCGAAACAAUACUUGAAAGCUUAAGAAAGCAACGAGAUGCUUUAGAGUCUUUUAAGGAACUGCUUGAACGCUCGGACAAGUUGAACCUUUCAGUCACGGAGACUCUUUUGUCCAGCCAAAUGGCCAAACAUAAGAAGGGAGAGCUUCAACCCUGCAUCGCGCAUGAUGAACCGCAUCAUCCUACAGGCACCUCACCCCAUCCAGCCGCACGCCAUGCCAUCGCAGCGUCGGUGACAGGAGGAGUGACUCUUGUGAAACAACGAAGCAUCUUUGUUAAUUAUUGUCUCGUGUCCGAACUCUCCUAUAUUCAUAAACAGCAAGCCAACGUCUCUGCGAUAUAUAAUCAUUUUGUCAAAAACGAGAUCAAGCAUGCUAAACAGUGGAGUGAGCAUUGGAAAAGUUUGGAACCUUACAUUACGGAAAUGCCAAACGCGCCUCAAGAUUUUUUAUAAAGAAAACACGACAGCACCUUAGGAUACCUUCUCAAUACCAAUACUUGAUAACAAUGCAAAUGGGGGAGGGGGAUAAAGCACCCACCGUCCAUCACAAAAUAGAGUAAUAUUAACUAGUUUUUUUUUUAUUCAGGUUAUAGAGACAUUACCUGUCUAUAUUUGAUUCUUCGCUCUUUUGA